CAAAUACUUGCAUCUCUAAAUUAUUGACUGCAGUGUAGCUGCAUUGCGGUGGUGCUGCUGGCCAUGGCCUCGUCUCUGUCGGUCCUGGUGCUCUUGUGCCUAGCGACGGCGGCCAAGGCGCAACUGUCGCCAAAUUUCUACUCUAGGUCGUGCCCCAGAGCUCUGGCCACCAUCAAGGCCGCCGUGACGGCCGCAGUGGCACAGGAGACUCGCAUGGGGGCCUCCUUGCUCAGGCUCCACUUCCAUGACUGCUUUGUCCAAGGGUGCGACGCGUCCGUGUUGCUGAACGACACGGCCAACUUCACCGGCGAGCAGACGGCGUUCCCGAACGCUGGAUCCAUCAGAGGCUUGAACGUCAUCGACAACAUCAAGGCGCAGGUGGAGGCCGUCUGCAAGCAGACCGUCUCCUGCGCCGACAUCCUCGCCGUCGCCGCCCGCGAUUCCGUCGUCGCGUUGGGCGGGCCUUCGUGGAGGGUUCUUCUGGGGAGGAGGGACUCGACGACAGCGAACAUAUCUCAGGCCAACAGCGACCUGCCUGCUCCUUCUUUGGACCUCGCCAAUCUCACCGCCGCGUUCGCCAAGAAAAGCCUUAGCAGAAGCGACAUGGUUGCUCUCUCGGGCGCGCACACGAUUGGGCAGGCGCAGUGCCAGAACUUCCGGGCCCAUAUCUACAACGACACCAACGUCAACUCGACCUUCGCGACGCUGCGCAAGGCCAACUGCCCCGCGGCGAGCGGCAGCGGCGACGGCAACCUGGCGCCGCUGGACGUCACGACGCCCACCGCGUUCGACAACGCCUACUAUGGCAACCUGCUGGUGCAGAGCGGGCUCCUGCACUCGGACCAGCAGCUCUUCAACGGCGGCCCAACCGACCGCCUGGUCCGGACGUACGCGUCCACCCCGAGGCGGUUCAACAGGGACUUCGCCCUGGCCAUGGUGAGGAUGGGGAACAUCAGCCCGCUGACCGGGACACAGGGGCAGAUCAGGCUCACCUGCUCCAAGGUGAACUAGGAGCCGGUGCUGCGUCCCAACGACGAUCAUGUGUGUCGGAACAAUAUAAUAAGGCUAGCUACGCCAGGAUCAGUUGUUGUAUUUAUGAUGCAGGACCGAAAACAACAAUUUAAGAAGAGUGAAUAUGUGAUUUAUUGGUUUC